UCAGCAGUUGACAUACGGGUCAAAAUGACGACGUCUCCGAAGGUUAUGACGCUGCUCCUCCUCGCUAUCUUAGCCAUGGAUGGCUGCUACUCGGCCACCAUUCCAAGGAAUUACGACCCUCGACUGAAUGAAGAGAUGGUUCUCACGCCGAAGAAGCGACCUUUCUGCAACGCUUUUACAGGUUGCGGCCGCAAGAGGGCGCAGGGUGCUCCAGGAAUGCCUGUUCAAGAACUCAUGCGGCAAAGACAGUUCGCAGACGAUGACGCCCUCGGCCAGUUCCCCGACUCGGAAAACGUGAUCGACGACUUAUCUCGUCAAAUUCUAUCGGAAGCCAAAUUAUGGGAGGCUUUCCAAGAUGCAGCUGAGAUAGCCAGGCGGAAGCAAAAAGAUUUGGUCUAUAACUAAUGAAGAAAAGAAAUUACCAUCGUACAUGUUUGGUAGGAG